AGACGGUAGCUGGCCACUAUAUCUCUCCCUUUCACGACAUCCCUCUGAAGGUGGACUCUGAAGAGGAAAAUCACAUUCCUACAAAGAAAGCACGAAGUGAUGACUAUGAGAAUUUGUUCAAUAUGGUUGUAGAAGUUCCGCGGUGGACGAACGCUAAAAUGGAGAUUGCCACCGAGGAGCCGCUGAAUCCCAUUAAACAGGACGUGAAGGACGGCAAGCUGCGCUACGUGGCGAAUGUCUUCCCUCACAAGGGCUAUAUAUGGAAUUACGGUGCCCUCCCUCAGACUUGGGAAGAUCCCCAUCAAAAAGACAAGAGCACAAACUGCUGUGGCGAUAACGACCCCGUUGACGUCUGUGAAAUAGGCUCGAAGGUUCUUUCUCGUGGCGAGGUCGUUCCUGUGAAGAUCCUUGGAAUUCUGGCUCUCAUUGACCAGGGUGAAACAGAUUGGAAAUUAAUCGCUAUCAAUGUGAAUGAUCCUGAAGCCUCAAAUUUUCAUGAUAUUGGUGAUGUUAAGAAGUUCAAGCCAGGCUACCUGGAAGCUACACUUAAUUGGUUUAGAUUUUAUAAGGUGCCAGAUGGAAAACCAGAAAACCAGUUUGCCUUUAAUGGAGAAUUCAAAAACAAGGCAUUUGCUCUUGAAGUUAUUAAAUCUGCUCAUGAAUGUUGGAAAGCAUUGCUUAUGAAGAAGUGUGAUGGAGGGUCCAUAAAUUGCACGAACGUGCAGGUGUGUGGUAGCCCUUUCCACUGCACGCCGGAGGAAGCGAGGUCGGUGGUGGAAUCGGUGUCAUCUUCGCAGGGUAAAGAAAGCAGUGAAGAAGAGCAAACUUGGCACUUCCUUGGCAACUGAUCGGAACACGGGAACUUCCGCCGUGGGGAUUCCAGGAAAAGGUGUCGAGCCUUUGGAACACCUUUCCCGCUAAUGCUUGACACGGCCUGCCCAGAGAUUGGCCGACUUCUUGUUAAACUUCACUUUUUCCAGAUAUGCAAUAUGUAAAUAAACAUGGAAAUUUUUUGAA